AUGGACGGAACUUCUCCACAUCCGUCUAGCAAAGUUUUAAGAUCUUUAAACCAAGGGGGCACCAAGGGCUCAGGUCCUCCUACAUUACUAGGGGGCACCAAGGGCUCAGGUCCUCCUACAUUACUAGGGGGCACCAAGGGCUCAGGUCCUCCUACAUUACUAGGGGGCACCAAGGGCUCAGGUCCUCCUACAUUACUAGGGGGCACCAAGGGCUCAGGUCCUCCUACAUUACUAGGGGGCACCAAGGGCUCAGGUCCUCCUACAUUACUUGGGGGCACCAAGGGCUCAGGUCCUCCUACAUUACUAGGGGGCACCAAGGGCUCAGGUCCUCCUACAUUACUAGGGGGCACCAAGGGCUCAGGUCCUCCUACAUUACUUGGGGGCACCAAGGGCUCAGGUCCUCCUACAUUACUAGGGGGCACCAAGGACUCAGGUCCUGACACAUUACUAGGGGGCACCAAGGGCUCAGGUCCUCCUACAUUACUAGGGGGCACCAAGGGCUCAGGUCCUCCUACAUUACUAGGGGGCACCAAGGGCUCAGGUCCUCCUACAUUACUAGGGGGCACCAAGGGCUCAGGUCCUCCUACAUUACUAGGGGGCACCAAGGGCUCAGGUCCUUCUACAUUACUAGGGGGCACCAAGGGCUCAGGUCCUCCUACAUUACUAGGGGGCACCAAGGGCUCAGGUCCUCCUACAUUACUAGGGGGCACCAAGGGCUCAGGUCCUCCUACAUUACUAGGGGGCACCAAGGGCUCAGGUCCUCCUACAUUACUAGGGGGCACCAAGGGCUCAGGUCCUCCUACAUUACUAGGGGGCACCAAGGGCUCAGGUCCUCCUACAUUACUAGGGGGCACCAAGGGCUCAGGUCCUCCUACAUUACUAGGGGGCACCAAGGACUCAGGUCCUGACACAUUACUAGGGGGCACCAAGGGCUCAGGUCCUCCUACAUUACUAGGGGGCACCAAGGGCUCAGGUCCUCCUACAUUACUAGGGGGCACCAAGGGCUCAGGUCCUCCUACAUUACUAGGGGGCACCAAGGGCUCAGGGCCGCCCCUCGCCCCCACCAGGGGGUACGGAUACAAGGAGAGCUAA